GACGUUGUUCGCUCCUAGCAAAAUUUUUGUGGGAAAAAAGUAUCUUCAAUAGACUCCAAUCGCCUGCAAGAUGACAAAAGAGACAAAUAAGAGGAAAGUUGAUGAUUCUGCCAUUGCAGACUGUACAUCUGCAUUUAAGAAAAUGGCUUUAUCAGCCACUGCAACACAUCCUGUGGCAUCUGAUGAGACUGAACCACAGCGUACCAAGAGUCGACAAAAGACUAGAUCUUGGAGGCGAAAGACACAGUCUCGCCAGGUGGACAGUACCAAAACUCAAUCAAAGACGAAUACUUUGACAAUCAGUCUGGGGGAUCAGAUUUCCGCCAUGUUGAAGAUCAUUAGAGCGGAAACUGAAUCAGAAAUACAAGCAGCCCCCACUCCCGCCACCAGUUUUGUCGAUGUUCGUCUGGCUAGUGCUGAUGAGCAAAAACUUUCCAGAAAAAUGCAGAGCAAAAAUGCACAAGAAAGGAAAGCUGACAACUGCUUAGACGAGAAGGGGGUUUCAGAGGAACAACUAUCCUCUAAGACAGAUGGGCUUGGUGUGGAGGCAAAGUCUAGUGCUGAAGCUGUCAAUACAGCGACUUCAACUCGGUCUCCGGCAGCCAGCUCUGUUGGGACACAUGUGUCUUCUGAAAACCAGAAGAAACUGGUCAGAAAGUCGAAACAGAUCUCUCGAAAAAGAGCGAGGCGGUCUGGUCCGGAUAUGUCUUCUAAGCGGACAAAAUCUGCAUGUGUUGACGAUGGCAUGUUGGAUCGACUUGUUCGUCUGUUUGCCAAGCUGGCUUUAUAGGCAGAGCAUUACUGCAGCUGAUGUGCACAUAACUAUAG